CAUGUUAGAAACUUCUUCCGGACGCCCUGGUCCUCUGACGUCAGGCUGGAUGACAAGACUGUGGUAAUCACCGGAGCCAACACAGGGAUCGGUAAACAAACAGCCUUGGACCUGGCUAAAAGAGGGGCGAAGGUCAUCAUAGCGUGCAGGGACAUGGAGAAAGCAGACGCCGCUGUUAAAGACAUCAUCGAAAAGUCAGAGAACAAGAAUGUCCUCUGCAUGAAACUGGACCUGGCAGAUACAAAGUCCAUCAAAGAAUUCGCUGAAGCCAUCAACAAAGAGGAGCCGAAACUCAAUAUCCUCAUCAACAAUGCCGGCGUGAUGGUGUGUCCUUAUGGGCAAACAGCAGACGGCUUUGAGAUGCAGAUCGGUGUCAAUCACAUGGGUCACUUCCUGUUGACACAUUUGUUGCUUGACCUCAUGAAAAGAUCGGCGCCGGCCAGAAUAGUCACUGUGUCCUCCAUGGCUCACUCCUGGGGCGCCAUCAAUCUGGACGACAUCAACAGCGAGAAGAGUUACAACAAGGCGAAAGCCUACUCCCAGAGCAAGCUCGCCAACGUCCUCUUCACCCACACGCUCGCUAAAAAACUAGAAGGCACGGGUGUGACGACGUACUCUCUCCACCCUGGAGUCGUCCAGACAGACUUAUGGCGCCACCUCAGCGGCCCCCAGCAGUUCAUCAUGAGGAUGGUCAGUCCCUUCACCAAAGACUCUGUGCAGGGAGCUCAGACGACCAUUUACUGUGCGGUGGAGCCGACGCUGGAGAAGGAGAGUGGUGGAUACUACAGUGACUGUGCUCCUGCAAACUGUUCAGCAGCUGGAAAAGACGACGACGUGGCUCAGAAGUUGUGGGACCUGAGCUGCCGUCUGCUCUCCAUUACGUGA